GGCGAGGAUAGUCGUGGAGCUGCGGUGGCAUCAUGGGGAGCAGUUAUACCGCGACUCGGUGUGGGUGAAACACAGGAAACAGCACAUACAGCUGGUCGUGUGCUGGGUGCUCUGCGGAUACUGAUUGGAGUGGACAGCGAUCUGCCAUCUACCUGGAAACGAGCUCCAAUUCCGUUAGCCGUUUGGGAGGUUGAUCGGAUACGACUCAGAGCAGUUCUUGACAACGCGAUGCGUGCCAUGUCAGCUGUAAGCGCGCUGAAGGCAUUGACGGAGAAGAUUACGAAUGUUGUGAUUGGCGACGACGUUGCAGCUCGGGCAAAUCAAGCCGUUAGUCUUGUUAGAGAAGGGCUAAUGGAUUCGAAAGCGCCUCAGCUGGACAAGAUUUCUGCCGGUCGCCUAAUGGCCGAUGAGGCGCUCUCACAUCCAUCUCUUCUGGCAAUGCUUUACUUUCCAAAGGAUCAAACAAUGGCCGUAUACCUCCCUAUAAUGUUGCCAACACUUGUUCCGUUGUUUGGAUCAAUUCUAGCGCUCUUUAAAUGGGUUCUUGGCUGGUCGUAA